AUGUCGAAUUCGCACUUAGCUCCUGGAGCAGUGCUGAGUGGUGCGACCAAGGGUCGGACCCACUGUGAGAACCUCCCGCCACUUUCCGCACAGAACCUGGAAAUGGGAAGGCCUCGGCGGGCCGGGAGUUUGCCCGGGAGAAGCAGCGUUCCAGGAACUCCGCUCCGGCCACCUGUUCAGCAACCCGCUACACCUGGACCGGACCUCCUCGCUUUGGAGGAAGAGUAUAAGCGUUUAAAUGCAGAAUUGCAGGCAAAAACAGCUGACGUGGUUCGACAAGCUAAGGAAAUAAUAAGAGAUCGGCAAGAAGUACGAUCUAGGCCUCUUUCAACACAAGUGAAAUCAUGUGAUGACAAAGAUGAUUAUAGUUUAAGAGGUCCAUUACCAUCCGAAGGGAUAGUUCAUCUUCAUUCAGAAACGAAGCCAAAGACCAAAAACAUUGAUCCUGUAAGCAAGGUUCAAAACAAAUUACACUCUGCAAAUAAAGGAAGGAAAACAAAUUCAAGUGUUAAAUUGAAAUAUUCUGAUGUACAGACUGCCAACGAUGUUGUCAUUCCAGAGGAUUUUUCAGACUUUUCCCUUGCAGAAACAUUUAGCAAAAUUGAAGGGCAACUGGAGGAAGAAGGCUUACCUGAAUAUAUAGAUGACAUUUUUUCUGGUGCUAGUAACAACAUUGGAGCAGAAGCACAGCUCAGAUUUCUAAAGGCCAAAGUCCAUGUUAUGCAGGAAGAAUUGGAUAAUGUUGCAUGUGAAUGCAAUAAAAAGGAGGAUGAAAUUCAGAAUUUAAAGUUACAAGUAAAAAAUUUUGAAGAAGAUUUUAUGAAACAGCAGCGAACAAUUCAUAUGCAACAGUCUCAAGUUGAAAAAUAUAAGACUCUUUUCGAAGAAGCAAACAAAAAGUGUGAUGGAUUACAGCAACAGUUGUCUUCAGUAGAAAGGGAAUUAGAAGAUAAAGGAAGAUUGCAAAAACAGGCUGCAAGUAGUCAAAGUGCCACAGAGGUUCGCUUGAAUAGAGCUCUAGAAGAAGCAGAAAAGUAUAAACUGGAGUUAAAUAAAUUAAGGCAAAAUAACAAGGACAUAACAAAUGAAGACCACAAAAAAAUUGAAGUGUUAAAAUCAGAAAACAAGAAGCUAGAAAAACAAAAAGGAGAAUUAAUAAUAGGGUUCAAGAAACAGUUAAAAUUAAUUGAUGUCUUAAAAAGGCAGAAGAUGCAUUUUGAAGCUGCCAAGAUGCUGUCUUUCACUGAGGAGGAAUUUAUGAAAGCACUUGAAUGGAAUGGGGAAAUAAAUAAGUGAUCUACUUCACGAUGCAAUCUCCCUAUGUUGCCCAUGGUGGUCUUCAACUCCUGGGCUCAAGCGAUCCUCCUGCCUCAGCCUCCCAAAGUGCUGGGAUUAUAGGCAUGAAUCACUGUGCCCAGCCAGUUAUUAUUUUAUUUGCAGUCACGACGUGUGUCGGGUAUACAUUAAAAUUCACUAUCUUCUAGAAUUU